AUGACACAGGUCAUCACGGAGAGUUUGCGCACCGGUGUUACCCCCGCAGCACCGAAGAGUCAGCGCGUAUGUCGGCACUUCGCCCGUGGGCGGUGCACUUGGGGUACAUCAUGUCGUUUCUCGCACGAGGUGGAACGCCCAUCUGUUGAUGAGGCCUCUACCAACCCUUCGUAUAUUGGCUUUCAUCAACAACGAGUCCAGAAGGAGCGUUGCGCCAUACUUAAAGAAGCAUUGGAAGGCAACUUCGAGAUAAAGCAAUACAACUUUGCUGAGGGAUGCACACGAUGUGCAGUUGAGCUUCCCCCUCCUUUGGCUCCCAUCCCUAUUCCACGGUUGCUAUCAGCUAAUGAAGUUAAGGCGCAGUUACAAGAGCUGGAGGGAAAUGAACAGCUUCGUGCGGGUGGCCUUCUGUAUUUUGUGGGUGAGCCGGCCGUAUUUUGGUCGAUGAUGCAUUAUUACCUUAAGAGUCACACCACCACAAGCAGCAAGUGGGACAAGCUCCUCAGUAACGCCAAACGCGGCCGUGUAGAGUGCAUGUUCUUCCGUUCAUCUGUGGGGUGCAUGAGCAAUGAGUGCACAUUUGAGCACGGUACAACAUCCGCCGUUACCAUUCCUUCACCGCUUCAAAAUAUGGCCACGAAUAAUGCCCUUCUGGCACCUGUACUGGGUUUUGGAGCUGCCACCGCAACAUCGACGGUGACGAGUGCAAACGGCAGCACUAAUACUCCCAUCACUGCUUCCAACAACACCGGUGGAGUUGGCGGAGCGGUCGCCAAAUCGCUUUUGGUGGGAAGUACACGUGUCCCAGUGGACCUCACAAGACGCACCUCAGUUACACAUUUAACCGAGAAGGCCGAUGAGACGGUCAUGUUCAGUGACCCGGUAUGGGGACUCCACAGUUUGUUAGAGCCGAAGGCCACUACAUUGCCGACUCAGCAACAACAAUCACAGUCGCAGUUACAGUUGCAACAGCAGCCCGACGGAUUGUCUUUGUUGUGGGACGACAGCCUACGAACACGGUCCGUGCCGUUGUGGUGA